AUGAAGAAAAUCGGAGUUUCCCGAAUCAACCCUAACGAUCCAUCGUAUAUUCGUCAGAAGAAGGCUAAGUUUAUUGCUAACGAAAAACAAAACCCUAGAAAAAUUUCCAGAUCGGAACCAGAUCAUUCUCGCAAUCAAUUUGAGAAAGAAAAUGUUACAACAUGUGAUGCGAAAACUUCUGAGUAUGCUUUCUUUAAGAAAUUGAAGAAGGAUGCAAGUCUCAAAUUUUCAUCCGGUCCGGUUAAAAAGGAUGAUUCGUCGUUAUCUUCUAAGAAGCCUGAGUCUGGUGAAUGUUUCAAAGAGAGGACUGAUGAUGUUAGGGUUGGCACUAUGGGCUGCAACUCUUCAAAGAUCAAUAAGAACUCGUCAACUUUUAAGAUGGGUUCAUUUCUUUCACCUUCUGUUGGAGCUUGGAAUAAAUCAGACAUGUACUCUAUGAGCAGCAAGCUGAAUACCUCUCAAGGUUGUGGUGAAACCAACAAACCCCAAAGAUUUUUACAUGAAGGAAACCAGAAUGAGGGUGGAGAUAUCUUUUCUAGAAAGAGACAGAAACUACGACAGUGUGUUGCAGAUACCUUAUUUCUUGAUAAACAGAAACUAUGUUCAAAAGGGCUUGAUAUUGUUUCCAUGCUUCUUAGUCGGCUUUUUCCAAUGAGCACUGACUGCACUGUAAAAAAUACAUACGAGGAAGCUAAUCCAGAAAAAAUAGAGAGUGCUACCAGAUACGAUUUACUUGAUUCUCGAGAGUCCGACUCUGAUGUUCAAUUUAAGGAGCACUAUCUGGUACCUAAGAGGAAAUUUCUUGAACUUGAAUCCGGCUCAUACUUCAAUGAUCAGUCGUUGUCUGCUACGUUUCUUGAAUCAGAUGAGAGAAUUACUCCGCAUACCGAGUUUCUAACAUAUCACUCUGAGAACUUUCAACCUCGGUGCAGUAUAACAGCACCUAAGUGCAAACGGAGUGGAAGUCCAAGUUUCAGUGCCUCUGUCAGGGGUGACAUUACUCUUGGGCCCCUGUUUAAUGAAGUAGAAAAUGCUACCAAAUAUAGUUUGCUUGAUUCUCGAGAGUUGGAUUUCCAAUGUGCGGAACUCCAUCAGAUACCAAAGAGGAAACUCCUUGAACUUGAAUCAAGCUCAUGCAUCAGUGAUCAUUUGUUGUCUCCUAUGUUCCUCCGAUCAGUUGAGUCGAUUACUCCUCGCACUGAAUUUCCAAUCUAUCCUCGCAAGUUUCGACCUAUGUUCAUAACAGAAGCUGAAAGCGAAUUUAGUGGAACUCCAAGUUACCUAGACAAGAAUGAGUUGAUUACUCCUCGCACUGAAUUUCCAAUAUGUCAUCACAACUUUCGACCAAUGUUCAGAACAGAAGCUGAAAGUGAAUUUGGUGGAACUUCUAGUUACCUAGAUAAGAAUGAUGUAACUCACGGAUUUCUGUAUUAUGAGCAAAAGCAUGAAACCUUUUCAUUGGAUCAUUUCAAAGAGCUGGGGAAAGUUGAGAGAGAACCAAUACCUCUUCUUAUGGGAAAGGAUUUUAACUGUGAAAAAGAUGAGAUAAUGGUGCCUAUCAGUUGUAAGUAUGCAGAACCAUAUAUGGCCCCUGCAUUAUCAAUUUUAGGCCAUGGUGAAGAGCUGAUAUCAAAUAAUGCAUUAGGUGACUUCCACUUUAGCCCCUCAUCUUUAUUACUCAAUAAACCACGGGACUUCAAUUCUGUAUUAGAUUCAGGUUUAUUGAGUUAUCGAAAAUCCCAGUUUGGAAAACAUGUUUACGAAGACGACAGUGGAGAAAUGGACACAAAUUUUAACCAUGCAGCAUUGUCCUUGUCACACAAUAAACACUUAUUUAAAUUGUCAGAAAAGUGCAAGAAUGAUAUUUCGUAUGUUCAAGACAGCAUAUACCUUCCACCUUACCAUCAUUUUCCUGAUAAAGAAGCCUGGCUUUUGUCUUCACCUAGAUGCUUAUCCUUAACCAGUUCCCAAUCAAAUUACCAAAGUUCAAUUACUAGAAAUUUACAGCUACCAGAAAGCAAAGACAUGUCUUCACUUUUUCAUAUUAAUGAUCAUUAUGAACCCAAGAUCAACGAUAGAGGUGGAGAUCACGGGGAAGUUCUAUAUCAUUUUAGUGAAGCCUUUGUUGAAAUAUAUAACUCUUCAUUUCUUCAUAUGUCAUUGCAAAGAGACAAUGGAUGCGCGUUUUCUCUGGACGAUCGUGACAACAUCAACGACGGAGAGCAAAUGCAUAAGAUACUCCUCUAG